AAGAAAAAAUCUGUGGCGUUCGCUUUGACUGGCGAAAGUGAUUCAGUACCGGGAGUGUUUAUUUUAGCUCGAGAUGUCUCGCGAGCUAAAAAUGACUUCUCCGAAGCCUUUCUGCUAUAAAAUUCAUCAAGCAAUUAAAUGGAAAUUUUCUCUUUCAGAUCGAUUGAUCCUAUCCGACAGGUUGAGUUCCACCAAAGCCAAUCCUUUUCAUUUGUACAUCUUUUCAUAUAUAUCUUGGUGGAGAUUCUGGUGCGUAAACUAUCAAUCUUUUCAUCAUCGUUAUUUGUUGUUUUUUCAUCAUUUUCCCAGUUAUUUCUUCAAUUUUUCUACUGUCUUAGUAUGAAAACUUGGAUCUGCUUAAGUAUUACUUUUUAAUGAAAUCAGCUAACUCUAAUAAGUAAUUUCCUUAUAUUAUCUCUGUCACAAGGAAGAAUUAAUGGCAGAGGGUGGAAAAGAGAAAAGGAUUGGAGUCGAUGAAGCAGGAGACAGGCGAAGAUCAGGACGUACGCCAGGACCGCCACGCUCCGAGGAAGAAGUGAAGAAAAGGAGGGAGGAGAAAAAUAGAAAGGAUAGAGAAUAUCGGGCCAAAAAGACGUUUGAACGCACUGAAUUUGAGGCCUUUUGUGAGAUGCCUGGAAUCAAUGAAAUGUUCAAAGCCUUCAGUGAAGAUUACAGGAAAAGAAAUGAAGAAAGUUCAGAGAUGCAAAAUCUACUCAAAAAAUAUGAGGGCUUUUAACCUCGAAAUUGAAAUGAUUCAAACGGGGGGACUAGAAGGUGUCACUGACAUGAAUUCAAGUAACUUUGGAGCAAUGGGAACCCCAUUUGAUCCAGAAGGGAAGUUGAAGAGAAAAAGAGAGGAAGAACUUGAUGUACCCCAUGGGGACGUGCCUGCAACUUCUUAUGCUACUCCAAGUCAUUCCCCAAUUAGUGGGUUGAUGGCUGAGGCUCACCAGAAUUACUGUCAGGCAGCCACUGCACUGGCUACUCAAGGGUCUCUGUUUUCAACCAAUGAAGGUACACAAAUACAAACAAGGGAGGCUUCUCAUGGUAAGGAGGCCUCGACCUCAUCGUGGCCACCUCUGCAGGAGGAGCUGAAGACUUUUACUUAUGAUGAGCUUGGACAAAGGAGCAUUGAAGAACUUAGUUUGUAUGAUCUUCAGCAGGAGGUAACACUCGAUUCUUCUGACUUGGAUACUAUUCUAAACUCUUUGCUGGAACCUGAAAUGUUCACUGGAAAUUUGGCGGUAUCCUCAAAUGUUGCGUCGGGUGCCGCGAAUUCUGCUGCAACUGGUGGAGGCAGUGAGUAAUUUGAGUACUGAGUUUGCCAUGUCUUAAUUUUUUUUUGGUAUUAUAUGACCCUGUUGGCUAGAAAACUAUGAUGUAAUAUUGGUUAGUCUUCAUUGGUAGUACUUAUUUCUAUAUUUUUUUAUUUAAUAUGACAUAGAAUUUUAAUUUGUAUUAUAUAAAUAUAGAUGAAUGCCAUUG